UGGCAGAGACAUGCCAAGAGCAUCGCGAACCUGGCCAGUCAAAUAUGGAGCUUUUUAAAACGAUAAUUUUGGUGCUUUGGAUAUUAUUGCUUACACGACUAAGGAACUGUAAAGCCGAGGAAGUUGUCUUGCUGAAUUCUAAAGAGUCCCAGGCUGAGCUGGGCUGGACUUCAUACCCCUCAAAUGGAUGGGAGGAGAUCAGCGGCGUGGACGAGAAGUACAAGCCCAUCCGCACCUACCAGGUGUGCAACGUGAUGGAGGCGGCGCAGAACAACUGGCUGCAGACGGGCUGGAUCUGGCGUCGCGGCGGCCAGCGCAUCUUCGUGGAGCUGCAGUUCACGCUGCGCGACUGCAACUCCAUCCCCGGCGUGGCCGGCGGCACCUGCAAGGAGACCUUCAACCUGCUCUACGCCGAGUCGGACUGGGACCUGGGCCGCGUGGCACGCGAGGACCGCUACACCAAGGUGGACACCAUCGCCGCCGACGAGAGCUUCACGCAGGGCGACCUGGGCGAGCGCAAGAUGAAGCUCAACACGGAGGUGCGCGAGAUCGGCCACCUCAACCGCAAGGGCUUCCACCUGGCCUUCCAGGACGUGGGCGCGUGCGUGGCGCUGGUGUCGGUGCGCGUCUACUACAAGCGCUGCCGCGGCACCGUGCAGAACCUGGCCGUCUUCCCCGACACGGUGGCCGAGGCCGCCUUCGCCACCCUGGUGGAGGUGCGCGGCGCCUGCGUCAACAGCUCGGAGGUGGACACGGACUCGCCGCCGCGCAUGCACUGCAGCGCCGAGGGAGAGUGGCUCGUGCCCAUCGGCAAGUGCAGCUGCAGCGCCGGCUACGAGGAGGGCCACAGCAGCUGUGAACCGUGCCCGCCGGGCUCCUACAAGAUGUCGUCGCGGCAGCAGGAGUGCUUCCCGUGCCCGGCCAACAGCGUGGCGGAAGAGGACGGCUCCGUGGUGUGCCAGUGCGAGGAGGACCACUUCCGCACGCCGCUGGACAGUCCCUCCGCACCCUGCACACGGCCCCCCUCUCCACCAAGGAACCUGGUCUACACCCUCAAGCAGUCCACCCUCAUUCUGGAGUGGGCGGCGCCGAGCGACACGGGCGGCCGAGGCGACCUGACCUACAGCGUGGGCUGCAGACGCUGCGUACGGGUGGCGGCACCGGCAGCUUUGCCAGCGUCGGCAUCGGCUCCAGCGACGACCGGGCGCUCCGGCGGCGGCGGCGCAGUCACCCAGUGCGAGCCGUGCGGCCCCAGCGUGGGCUUCGUGCCGCAGCAGAGCGGCCUGACGGAGCGCACGGUCACCGUGGUCAACCUGCUGCCCAACGCCAACUACACCUUCACCGUGGAGGCGCUCAACGGCGUCUCCGAGCUGCUGCCCAACAAGCGCUUCUACACGCAGGUCAACGUUUCCACCAGCCUGGCAGCACCCUCUAUGGUGAGUGAGCUGCGGGCCGAGAAGAUUGAGCAGCGUAGUGUGACAUUGGUAUGGAGGGAGCCCAGCUACCCAAACCGCAGCCGCACCGAGUACGAGAUCAAGUAUUACGAGAAGGAGCAGAAGGACCAGCGCUACUCGACGGUGAAGACGGCGGCCACGCGCGUCAGCGUCAGCAACCUCAAACCGGGCACCACCUACGUCUUCCUCAUCCGCUCCUCGUUCUCCCCCGUCACCUCCUCCUCCUCCUCCUCUUCCUCCUCCUCCUCCUCCUCCCUGGCCUCUUCUCCACUCUCCUCCUCCUCUUCCUCAUCAUCAGCCUCGUCCUCUGCCUCCUCCUCUUCCGCAUCGUCGUCGUCCUCCUCCUCCUCCUCCUCUUCGUCGUCCUCCCUGUCAUCCUCGUCUCCCUCGCCGUUGGAUUACGGCGCCUACAGCGUACCCCUGGAGCUUCAGACGCUGGGAGAGUUGGCCCUGGCGUCCAGCGAGCAGAAUCCGGUGGUGAUAAUUGUGGUGGUGUCCGUGGCUGCCCUCAUCAUGCUGCUCUCUCUGGGCGUAGGGCUGCUCAUCUGGAGAAGACAAUGUGGCUACAGCAAAGCCAGCCAAGAGGGAGACGAGGAGCUCUACUUCCAGUUCAAGAUCCCCACCAGACGCACGUACAUUGAUCCAGAGACAUGCGAGGACCUGGUGCAGGCUGUGCACGCUUUCGCCAAGGAGCUGGACAACUCCUCCAUCAAGAUCGAGAGGAUCGUUCACACCGGGGACUUUGGGGAGGUGUGCCGCGGCUGCCUGAAGCUGCCCAGCAAGCGAGAGCUGCCGGUGGCCAUCAAGACGCUGCGUGCAGGCUGCUCUGAGAAACAGCGGCGGUCGUUCCUGUCCGAGGCAGCCAUCCUGGGCCAGUUUGACCACUCCAACAUCGUCCGUCUGGAGGGGGUCAUCACCAGAGGGAACACCAUGAUGAUCGUUGUGGAGAGCAUGUGCAAUGGGGCUCUGGAUGCAUUCCUUCGGAAACACGAGGGGCAGCUGAGUGUGCUGCAGCUAGUGGACCUGUUGGGGGGCGUGGCCUCGGGCAUGAAGUACCUGACGGAGAUGGGCUUCAUCCACCGCCGGCUCGCCGCACACAAGGUGCUGGUCAACAGCAGCCUGGUCUGCAAGGUGUCCGGCUUCCGUCCAAUGCAGGACGACAAGAUCGAAGCCGUGUACACUACACUUCAUGGUGGUAAGAGUGUGGUGCUGUGGAGCGCUCCUGAGGCCAUCCAGUACCACCGCUACAGCUCUGCCUCGGACGUGUGGAGCUUCGGCAUCGUCAUGUGGGAGGUCAUGUCCUUUGGGGAGCGACCCUAUUGGGACAUGGGCAAUGAAGAUGUGAUCAAAGCCAUCGAGGACGGCUUCCGGCUGCCGGCUCCGGUGAACUGCCCGGCGCCGCUGCACCAGCUGAUGCUGGACUGCUGGCAGAAGGAGCGCAGUGAGCGGCCCAGCUUCAGCCAGAUCCACAGCGCCCUCAGCAAGAGCAUCCGCACGCCCGACGCCAUCGGAUCCUCCACGCUGGCACGCAGGACCCUGAGCUCGUCCAUCUCUCUGGCGGAGAGAAGCUGCACGCUGCCCUCCUUCCCCUCCUUCAGCUCGGUGGGGGAGUGGCUGGAGGCCGUGGACAUGGGCCGCUACAAGGACAACUUCACCGCCGCCGGAUACUGCUACCUGGAGUCUGUGGCCCGCAUGACCGUCCAGGACGUGCUAAGUCUGGGCAUCACCUCCCUGGAGCACCAGAAACAGAUCCUGUCGGCCAUCCAGUCUCUGAGGGCUCAGGUCAUCCAAAUGCACGGCCGUGGCGUGCAGGUCUAAGCCACGCCCCUCACGCGCACACAUGAUACAACACACGCCCAUUAUUAAACACACGAAAAACAACACGCACCACAACACUCAAAGACACACACCGAUGGGCCUGAACUGAACAUAGGGGGGUGGGUGAGUUCGGAUGUCUUAACAGAAGCCCAGCAGAAGAAACGCCAGAUGUGUCUGUUCCCCCCGGGGAACUAGAGUGUGAAGUCCCCCAUACGCCAGGAGCCACCGCCCAGAGAUGUGGACCACUAAACGGGUUUGGGGGUGUGCGGUGGGGUGGGGGCUGGAGGUGGAUUGAGGUGGAUGAGGUGUUGGACCAGCAGAGGCAGCGCAGUAUCGCGAGCACUCCUCUCCCUCAUUCUCUCCCUUUUCCUUGAUUUUUUAACCCCUUACCUUCCUUUUCCCCCCUCCAACAGUGGUUGUACACUUGCACCUCGGUGCGACUCUUCCUUGUCCGUCAUGUGACCCAUGCACACGCUGCUCUCUGAUUGGUCAGAGAGUGUGUGACCUCACGGCACAGAACCCGAUCUGCACUCCUGUUCUUCGCCUGCUGGGGGCGACAGGGUCAGUCAGUGAUUGGUUGACCAGCUCCGUCUGCUAUAUAUACUGGACUCCGAUUGGAGGAAUAGACUACAUCGACCCAUAGCAGCAUCGAACGCACCCUUGAACUGAUCUGGAGACAGCAGCUAAACAUCCGCCUUGGAACCGAAUCUGCUCUAGUGCUGAAGUGUUCUCACUCACACUGACCUACAAACAGGUGCCAAAAACACCCCACGGAUCACCUCUUUUACAAACCCUGACCUCUACCGAUGGUUGACCCUGAAGGGUAGAUAUACUGUUCAAUCAAUCAAUCAAUCAGUCAGUCAAUCAAUGCAAGAGGCUGGGCUUUACAAUGCUGCGUUUUCAGGAGAAAAAGACAGCGGUAUUUAGGGACACAAAAUGUCAGAACAUUAUAGUGACUUUUGAAUAAUAUAUAUCCAAAAGGCAUUUCCGUGUUCUUGUCCACUGACCUGUCCACAAAGAGUGUGUCUUUUUCUUUUUUGUUAAACACUGAGAGUUUAUCCUUUCUGUUUUCUGUGAACUAUCCUCUCUUUUGUUGACUUGCUACACCUCCUCCCUGCCAUCCUUGGCUCUCUCUAUGUAAGUGGCCAGUAGUGGCCAAGGUGGAGAGGGCUUUUGUUUCUCCCACUACCCUCUCGCUUUGGGGAUGUUGCACUGUAAAGAGGGAAGGGUUGUGUCCAAAAGUGAUCAUAUAUAUCAUAUUUACUCAAAUAUUUAUUUAUUGGUUUAAAAAAAAAAUGUUGUUUGUUUGGUUGUUCCUCUCUCUUCUCUUUCUUUUUUUUUUGUUGUGAUGAAAAAUGAAUGAAAUGAUGCUUUGUUGGAGAUUAUUCAGACAUUUGGUUUAAAUAAGAAAACAGAAAUAAGUAAAAAAAAAAAAAAAAAUGAAACAUUUGUUCACAAUACUGGCUUUGAGCUCAUGCUCAUAUAUUGCCAUGGCAACCUGAGCACUUUUUAAUUUUUGCUGAGGAUGAUGAGUUUUGUUUUCUUCACUUUGUCAAGGUGUCCAAAUUUUAAUUUAUUUUGUAUUACCAGUGGUUAUAUUGAUUAUUUAAUGUGCUGACCUUACAUUUAAAAAACACGGACAGAUUUGCACACACACACACACACACACACACACGCACACACACGCACACACACACGCACACACACACGCACCCCUAAACACCAAUUAGUUUGUUUUCUGUGUUUCUGCUGAUUAUCUUAGCAGACAGACUGGAUUGGAGAGCUCCAUUUUGGGGAGAUUAUCUUUUGUGUGUGUGUGUGUGUGUGUGUGUGUGUGUGUGUGUGUGUG